UCAUUAGGCUAGGACGGUGGAGGAGAAAAAAUUAUGGGCUCAUCAUAUUAAACUGCUCAUUCUAGAGAAUCAUCAGGCUGUGAUACCACAAAAGGCAAAGGAAGCAAUCUUGGAGAUGGAUUCUAUCUACAAAAAGUAUAGGUACAGCCCUGAGAGACUCAAAAAGUCUGUGUCAUGCCAGUCAGAGGACUCUAGACAAGGCCGGAGACAGUCAGAUGGUCUACUACUUCAUCUUCCAACAGAACCAUCUGAAGAGAUCCUAAAGAACACUGAAGUAAUACUAAAGCAUUCUGACAGUGAGGGGGCAUUGGACAUUGACAGGUGGCCUUUACAAGCCUCUGCCAGCGUAAACACUCAUGGCUUAUGUCAGUCUUCAGCUGAGAAACCUGCUGCACAAGAAGAAUACUCUCCUGAAGCCCUGAUUCCCAUUGAUAAUGAGGAGCCCAUCCAUAGCUCGCCGUCUCUGAAGGCCAGAUUAAUGCAAGAGGAUGGGGAUGAAGCAGAAGAAGAGGGAAGUGACUCUGACGAUAUUCUAAUGGAGGACAACCAGGUAGCUGACUUUGCCAGUUCAAUGUUGGCUGCCAUUUCCUGCUGGCACUAUAGAGCCAGAGCAUUGCUUUCCAUGGACUUCACAACGGAUGAAGUUGGGUGUGAGGACACUGGGAACAAUUUUAAACAAGAAAAUGGCCCAUCAGUUGAACAGGUGGAGGCAUAUCUUAUGAAUGAAAAAUAUAUCUCGGAACAGGACAAAUCACAAAACCUGGAAAUAACCUCUUACUGGGGUUCCACUGAGAAAUUGAAGCCAGAUGUGUUUUGUGAUCCAGAGUCAAUAGAGAUGGACAAACAGGUCCCAAAUAUUCAGGAUCUCGAGUCUGCAAGAGACAACGAUGAUCGGAAAGGUUCUAAAGAAGAACUCUUACAGCAGGAAGACACUCCUGGUGAUUCUUCAGAGGAAGAGGAGGAUGUAGAAGAGAAACCAGACUCCACUAGCAUCCUACCAUCAUCUGUGCUUGAUAAGGCCAGCACCAUUGCUGAACAUUUUGUCUGUAGUGCACGGCGUAGUAGCAUCAGCACAGAUGAAAUGCGCUCCCUUGGUUGCGUAUCUCCACGUUUACCCAGCAGGACCGGGAGCACUCUAAGUCUAGGAGAUGCCCAUGAGCAUCAACAUCACCUUGCUACCACCUGCUCUGAGUCACAUGGAAUUCCACUGACCCAGGAACCCCUUGAAUCAGCAAACUUCAUGAUCGGGUCAUCAGGGGAGGACAGUCUUUUUGACAGAAGAAGGGAUUCAGUGCUUUCCAGGCAAGACCAACUACUCAUUGGCAAGAUUAGGAGCUACUAUGAGACUGCAGAACACCAGGAUGCUACAUUUAGCCUAAAACGUAGAGAGAGCCUCACUUACAUUCCAAGUGGGCUUGUUAGAAAUUCUGUUAGUCGUUUUAACAGCAUUCCUAAAGAUAAAGGCCUUGCCCUAGAGAAGACCACCAGUACAUCUGGACCUGUUAAAGCUCAUACCACACUCACAGAAUCUCUCUUGCUUACAUCGGCAUUAAUAGAGACCAAUGCAAAUCCAGCCUCCAUGGAACAACCUGUUAUCAGUGCUUACACAGAUUUUACUAGGCAUGACGAAAACGGAGACCUGUUUGACUCUGAUGUAGAUAGUUCCAUUAAACCUCAGUCUAUAGAUGGGAGUCAUGAGGAAGGGUUUUUUUCCCGUCCCUCCUCUGAGAUGGUCAAAGUCUGGCAAGAUAUGGAGAAAGAGGUCACUAGAUGUCAAGGGGACUUCAAAGAACUGAGGCCCAGAGAAAGUCCUUAUUUUAGAGGGACCAGUCCCAGCCUCUCCAGGAAGGAUCCAAGCCAGAGAAGAAAGACAGAAGCCAAAGGCAGCGAUGGAUUGAUUAUAUUUGAAGAUUUAGACCUGAGCACUAUCAGAGAGGAGUCCUCUACACCAUUACCUUUUAAGGAGAAGGACAACUGUGCAGCCAGUGAGAAUGAGGUCAUCAGACCCAGACAAUGGGAGGAUGAAGGAAGACCCCUUAGAGCUCUAGCCCCCCGAGUUAUCCAGUUGAGAGCAGAAAAUGAAGCGGAUAGAGAAACAGGAAAUCAGUCAGCUGAAGAUGCAGAUUCAUCCCAAAACAAAGUUUUCAGUCUGGCAAGGAAAUACAGUCAACGCAUUAAGUGCACACAACCAAUGUUGAGGCAGAGGAGUCAGGAGUCAGGAGAUACAUGGUUGGCUAAGAGGAACCUGCUUUCUGUGUUGGAAGAAAAGCCAGAGAAGGAGACCAAAGGUAAAGCAGACUUGAUGCUCUCCAUGGUUCCAUAUGACCAGCCUGAUUACGAUGGGGAUCAAAAGGCCCAGGUUAUGACUCCCAGCCCAGACUACACUUCUAAUUCUUUCAGUAGCCCAAAGGUCUUGUCCCCACACCUGUCCCAUUCCAGGAGUCCUCUUAGUCCACCACCUGAGAACUUCAACUGGCCAGACGUUCGUGAGCUUUGUUCAAAAUAUGCACACCUCAGAAGCUCGUCUGCUCAGCCACCAGUAGGCCAAAGUCAUUCUGUGGAAGAAAGGAUGUUUGACGGCAGUUCUAGAAGACAUUCUAGCUGCUCUUCUAGCCGCUUAGUCGCCUCUAAUGGUUCCACAGACUCUUCAGUUUACAAGUUUUAUCCAGGAAGGGAUACAGAAGAAUUGGUGACUCAGACCCAGCAUGCAGAUUGUCUGGACCAAAAAUUUAGCAGUUUGUACUUGAGUGAUCUGCAUAGUCUUCAGAGUAAAAAUGCCAGCAGUGGCUUCUUUAUCUCCGCUCAAGCUACCCUUUCAAAUGAGGAGAAUAUAAUUGUGGUUGAGAAAGUACCUGAGGUUACACCGCCAGUAGAGAUGGAUCAGCCUACACAAGAGUGCAAGAAACAGGAAAUAACAACAGAUGGAACAGAUGACAGCUACGUCCAAAUUCGUUCGCCAACAUCUCGUGAGAAGAUCUCAAUCAUGGCUGUCAUUGACCGCUGUCGGGCAUAUCAGGAGUCAGAGGAAUACCGUUUGAGGGAAGAUGGAGGAUCUAAGACAGAACAGUUACCUAGGAUUGAGAGGUGCAAAAAAAUUGAGAAAGCUUCAUCCUAUAGUGAACACUUAGACAAUGCUGUUAAAAAUGCACUGGAUUCUGAUAAAAAGGCUGAUUCUAGUCAACACAGUGUUGUCAAGAAUCUCCGAGAAAAAUUCCAAAACAUAAGAUAAAAUCACUUGUUUUAAGACAAAUAUGUAUGGGCAGCACAUAUCAUGCUGAAGUCACCUCUAAUGGCUCCACAGACCAGGAAGGAUAAAACAGAGAAAUCUUCUGGCAAAUUUAAACCUCAAAACUAAUAUUCUUUACAUUUUGCAUGCUAUUUUACUGGUAUUUUGCACACUGUAUGAUCAUGUAGCCUACUGAUAUUGAGAAACCUGUGGAUUUUUAAUGGUCUGAAUGUCAGGCAGAAAGUGUAAAUAUUGUUGUACAUUUUUUGUUGUACAUGCAUUCUUUCUGUUGUACCAUUUACAUACUUGAUAUAGUAGAUAUACAUAUAUGUAUUUGGUAGUCAUUUUACAUAAAUGACAUACUUGUUUAUAAAUAUUUAUACAUUUUGGGUAAGGUAUUUCAAUUAAUGUCAUAUUUGAUCUAAAGAUUUCUUUA